AUGAGUGGAAACAACAGGAAUGUAGCCAGAAACUUCUUGGCCAGAGAAAUGGGCCCAAUACCGAAGUCAUCAGUGUUGGACAGGUGCAGAGAUUUCAUGCCUUUAAUAGCGGCCGCUAAUGAGGAGCUGAAGAGGAAGUCAGAAGAUGGGAUUGCUAACUCUUUAACUGGCAUUUCUAUAGUACCAAUAGCAAAGAAGAGUAAGGACGAACAGAAGGAGAUUGCGACGAAGGAAGACAGCUCUUCAAGUUCUGAUUCUAGUGAUAGUGAAGUGGAGGAUUCGGUAAGGUGUUUUUUAGUUGAAAGUUGAGGUUUUGCUGUGUAGAGUAGUGUCCAUUGUUAGAUUAUAUAUAAUAGAUCAUUUACAGUUUGACUGACCUUGUCAUUUCAGAAUGCAGUAGAAUUCGAAAUAGAUGUACGGGCUAACUCUGAUUCUGAAUCCGAAGCAGACAAUGAUAAUGAAGUUCCAGAAGCCUUUAAAAAACCAAUAGAAUCCAACAAGAAACAGAAUAAAUCGUUGAUUGAGGAGGUAGACGACUAA